AUGGAACUGAAAGACAAUGUUCUUGUUGGUGGCCAAGCUGUUGUUGCAUUAGAAAGCGGAGCAGUUGCUGUCUCAAGAGGCUCACGGUUUAGUGUGAGUGGUGCAAUCAGCGGUGGGUCUUCCUUGUCAUGGCAAAAAGAUGGUCGGGCACUUCCAACUGAUAGUCGUCAGGAAGUCAAAACUACUGGCCAAGGGUCUAGCUCUUUGUUUGUGAGAGACUUUAGAUCAUCAGAUACUGGCAUGUACACACUCUCUGGAGCCAAUGAUGCUGGAAGUGCAUCAUCAUCUGUGCAAAUCACAUCUACAGGUGCUGAUGCGCCACAAAUUCUUCGAAUGCCAUCCCAGGCACCCGUUGUUACUUCUGGUUCUGUAGAAGCAACAAUGGGUCAACGCUCAGUGAUGAUCACAAGAGGUCAAACAUUAAAGAUUAGAGGAUCUGCUCGGGGAAGUCCUCCACCAGCAUACCAAUGGAACAGAGAUGGUUUAAUGCUUACCGAUGGAGGACGAGUGAGCUUGGGAGCAGAUGGUCUUCUUGAAGUUAGAAAGUUCAGAAGUGGAGAUGCUGGAAAGUAUGGAGUGACAGCAACCAAUUCAGCUGGAAGUGAUAGCGAAACAAUCGACGUUGUUUUACCUGACCGUCCUGUGAUUACAACUCCCCCUGUUACUGCUCCAUCGCCACAACCUGAUCAAGACAUGCAGUACUUUGCUGGACAGAAUGCUCGCAUAUAUCGAGGCCGCAAUCUCAAGCUGGCGGUACAAGCAUCUGGAAGACCAGUGCCAGGACUUACGUGGAGGUUACCAUCAGGGAGAAGAUUAAAAUCUGGCACUUCUUAUGACCGCUUUACUGUUCGAGAUGAUGGAACAUUGGAAGUCAGUGAUGUCAGAGUCAGUGAUGAAGGAACUUACAGAGCAAUAGCAAGCAAUGUGGCAGGACUAGCAAAAGCAAAGUCAAGAUUGUCAGUGUUAGUGCCCAACAGUUUUCAGCAAUCACUGCAGCAAUCUGUGUACGUUAAUCAAAAACGUGUUGUUCCAUCCGAAACGAAGGGUUCAACGUCAGUGACAGAAGGCCAGUCUUUUAGCAUAGAAGCAGCCGUAUACGGCAAACCACCGCCCACGAUGUCAUGGAUGCUAAAUGAUGAUGAAAUAUUAAGCAGUGACAGCAGGUCUAUUGAAACGUCAACAAUAGGUGACUUGACAGUGAGCACACUGACGGUCAGCAACACAGGGAGUGAUGAUGCCGGAACAUACACGGCAAUAGCUGAUGGGGCUCAACGUGUCUCAGACUCCGCCACCAUCGAAGUUCAAACGUUGGUGUUGCUCUUCUUUCUGCAGAAGACGGAAGCCCACAAAUUAACAGGCUGCCCAACUACGAGGAGGUGGUUCGUGGCUCUAGAAUUGUAA